GAUGGCAUGGGCUGGAGGAGGAGGAGGGCUCCUUGCCUGAGGUCCCUGGCUGGGGCUUUGCCAUGGGAGAGCUGCUGCCUUCUGCUGUGCUGGAGCUCUGUGUCUUGGUCGGAGUCCCCAGAGGAAAAGCCAGGGAAGGCUGCCAGGCUUUUCAGAAGAAAGAUGUGAAAAGCAUUCCUUCAUUUGAACCCGAGAUCCUUUCUGUUUUUGUACCUCCAUUUAUCAGCAAGCAGGAACUGCAAACAACACAUAUAAAUACUAAUGCAUUCAAUAAAACAAAACGCCGCUCCUUUCGGAAAAAGAAAGAGAAAUUUAAGAUUGAAAACACGAGAAUUCAGAAUGGAGCCCAGAAAGUUCCUGAGACUGAAGACAUUACUGUUCCUAAAGAUGUUGACCUUAAUGGGUUACCACAACUUUGCUUCCCAGGAGGAUUUUACAUAACGGGUGAAUCAAGGGACGACCAAUUCCAUUUUCUUGUUUUUACUGAUGUCUGCGGUAACAGAACUUAUGGUGUAGUUGCACAGUAUUACCAGCCUAUGCAAGAUGGACACAUCUCAAAUGGGCAGGUUCACUGGGAAACUGUACAGGCUUCUAGAGUGGCUCCAUAUUUUUUACCAUUUGCGAUUUGUGUCAUAUCAAGAUAUCCAUACUUUAAUUCGCUGAAAGACUGCCUUUCUUGUUUACUGGUGCAGUUGAAACCUUACAAGGAUUUAGAUGUAGAUGACCACAUAAAAGAAUUUGCAGCUAAACUCUCUUUAAUACCCAGUCCUCCUCCAGGACCACUCCACUUGGUAUUUAAUAUGAAACCCCUCCAAGUGAUAUUCCCAUCUCGGGAGGAUCCUGAUAGCCCAAUUAUUGAUUUGGAUCUACACCUUCCCUUCCUUUGCUUCAAGCCAGAGCAGGUUUUACAGAUAAUGACAUGCAUUUUGACUGAACGGAAGAUUGUUUUCUUCUCUUCGGACUGGGCUUUGUUAACACUCAUAUCUGAAUGCUUCAUGCUCUACCUGCAUCCUAUUCAAUGGCAACACACUUUUGUACCCAUUCUGUCUCGUCAGAUGUUGGAUUUUGUAAUGGCUCCUACAUCUUUCCUCAUGGGAUGUCACGUUGAUCACUUUGAAGAAGUUUGCAAGGAAGCUGAUGAUUUAAUUCUGAUUAACAUUGAUAAUGGUGAUAUUGCACAGUCCAAGUCGUCUGAAGAUGAAACUGAAAUUCCAGAUAUUCCACUGCAGGCGGGAAGGAUUUUUAUAACACGGAUUGAAAAUCUUCCACUACACUAUGACCUAGAACUCUGCCACCUUAGUUCCUGUACAGAUCUUGGUGAAAUACAGUUGCGUAGGAGGAAGUGGCAACAGAAGCUAAAUUCUGAAAUUCAGCAGAUUACUCUGCAGUUAAUAUUCAAUAUUUUUAGGGAGGUGAAAGACCAUUUGAAUUAUGAGCACCGAGUAUUUAACAGUGAAGAAUUCAUGAAAACAAGACAAAUAGGUGAUCAGCCAUUUUACAGAAAGGUAUUGGAGACCUAUAUGUUUCACUUUUUUCUGAAAGCUCGCCUUAACAGAAGGAUGGAUGCCUUUGCACGCCUUGAACUUAGCACCCGAACUGAAGAAGAUAGAUUAAGUUCAAUGCUUGAUAGCCCAAGGAGACUAACCAUGGAGAAAAUGGUUUCUAAGAGAUUUAAUCCUCAAUACAUGAUCAGCAAGCGAAUGGGAAUGAGUUUGCCUAAUCUGCAAGACAUCGAUCCGAAGGAUGGUCCAACUAGGAAUUCUUCUCUUCGUUGUAUAAACACUAAGCACACUUCAAAACUGAUUUCGAAACCAGUGAGCACUUUCAAGGUACCAGAAAUCCACUUUCCUCUGGUGGGUCAGUGUGUCCAGUCUUACUACAUUGAUUUUAACAACCAUCUCAGCAGAGCCAUAAAUAUUGUGUCCCCUGAUAACUCUGCACUUCUUGCAAGAUAUUUCUACCUCCGAGGACUUAUUUGUUUGAUGCAAGGAAAGCUUCUCAAUGCACUUUUGGACUUCCAAAAUCUGUAUAAGACAGACAUAAGGAUAUUCCCUACUGACCUUGUGAAGAAAAUGGUGGAAACACUUCCCCCUUCUGACCGCUCUCAAGCAGAUCAGAAACCAGAACUGAAGAGACUGAUAAGCCAGGUGUUGGAUAAGCAAAGGGAAAUAACCAAGGUGGAUGACCACGUGAAAAAUUUUGAGUUGCCCAAAACUCAUAUGCAGUUGGAUGACUUUGUGAAGCGCAUUCAAGAAUCUGGGAUUGUGAAAGAUAUAGACACCAUACAUCGGCUGUUUGAUGCACUAACAGUUGGGCAACAGAAACAAAUAGAUCCAGAAACAUUUAAAGACUUUUACAACUACUGGAAGGAAACAGAAGCAGAGGCUCAAGAUGUCAACCUACCCCCUACUGUAAUAGAACACUUAGACAAAAAUGAAUGUGUCUACAAGCUAUCAAGCUCAGUUAAAACUAACAAAGGAGUUGGAAAAAUAGCAAUGACUCAAAAGCGCUUGUUCCUUUUGACUGAAGGAGGCCGGCCUGGAUAUGAAGACAUCACAACUUUUAGGGAUAUAGAGGAAGUGAAGAGUACUACCGUGGCUUUUCUUCUGCUCCGGAUUCCUACUUUAAAGAUAAAGGCCACAUUUAAAAAAGAAGUGUUUGAAGCAAAUCUUAAAUCUGAGUGUGAUCUUUGGCACUUGAUGGUGAAAGAGAUGUGGGCUGGGAAGAAGAUGGCAGAUGACCACAAGGAUCCUCAAUAUAUUCAACAAGCACUUACCAAUGUUCUUCUAAUGGAUGCGGUAGUGGGUGCAUUGCAGUCUUCCAAAAUAAUUUAUGCUGCUUCCAAACUAUCUUACUUUGACAAGAUGAAGAAUGAAGUGCCGAUGAUGGUUCCGAAAACAACAUCAGAAACGCUGAAGCACAAAAUCAAUCCAUCAGUGGGUGAAACAUUUCCACAGGCAGUGGAAGUCUUGCUUUAUACACCAGGACAGCUUGAUCCAGCAGCACAUGGAGAUGCUCAUUCAAAAUUAUGGUGUGCUUUAAGUGAUGGAAAGGUUGUUGUGUUUGAUGCAUCUACAUGGUCCAUACAGCACUGCUUUAAAGUGGGGAACUCUAAGCUGAAAUGUAUGGUAAUGGCAGAACAAAGUCAAGUAUGGAUUGGUUCACAAGAUUCCAUUAUCUAUUUAAUCAAUACCCAUAGCAUAUCUUGUAAUAAGCAACUGAAUGACCAUCGCUUUGAAAUUGUGGACAUCAUUGUGGAAAACAGAGACAGCAUGUCCAGUGAGGCAUAUUCGUGCAGCUUAGAUGGCACAGUGAUUGCAUGGAACAUCAGCACCUUGAAAGUGAACCGCAGAUUUCAGCUAGCCUGCGAGACACUAACUGCUAUCAGAUUUCACAAUAACCGACUUUGGUGUUGUAUAGGAAACUGCAUCCUUGUUGUCACAACAAAUGGGUUUAUUCGUCAGAAGGUAAAAAUGGAAGACAACCUAAGAGAUCUGCCUCUGUCCUUGCUCUGUUUCCAGUUAUUCCCUGAGAAGGAUCAAAUGUGGGCCUCCUGUUCAGGUAGUAAUGAACUGUAUAUCUGGAAUAUGACUGAUCUCUCCACACCUUCUCAAAAGAUAAGCUUACAAGACUGCUCAGAGAUCACCUGCAUGAUGAAAGUGAAAAACCAGUUGUGGGUUGGCGGCAAAGGACUUUCCCAAGGAAAAAUCAAAGGAAAAAUCUAUGUGAUUGAUGCAGAAACGAAAAAGGUGGAAAAAGAAUUGGUUGGACACCUUGAUGCAGUGAAGGCCCUGUGCUCUGCAGAGGAUAGAUACGUUCUUAGUGGCUCUGGAAAGGAGGAAGGGAAGAUAGCAAUCUGGAAGGCUGAAUAAUGUUUGGAGGUUUAGUUUGUAUAUUGCAAAUUUAAAAGCUGGAUCUAAGAAUGAGGUUUCUGUUAGUGGUUCUGCAUAUUUUUUCCUUCAGUGUUAACUUAUUAGAUCACUUUUAAGAGUAAUAAUAUUAUUUUUGGGGAGGCAGUGAUGACCAUGAAGUAUGCAUUGAAGAAGAAUGCUGAAAAUAUAACAGGAAAUCACUGAGUAACUUGAUAGGAAAUUAUAAAUGUCAUUGGAAGGUGUUAUUUCAUGCCUUGCAGAGUCAGUGGCUCACCUUGCUUAGACGGCAUGGUCUGCUCCAAUAAUUAAAUUACUGUGCUUCCUGGAAGAUUAAUUUCUAGGUAAGAGUACAAUUCAUUUGGCUGUAUUUGUUAAAUUUCUGUUGUUUAAUUGUAUUCAUAUGAUCAGCAUUGUCUUUAGACCUGAUGAGUUCCUUUAAAUCAGGUAGCUUAAGUUGACACAGAAUUGGCUUCCAGAGCCUACUCUUGUUGCCUUGAUCCCAAGCCUCAUAUGUGCUCCACUUGGCACCUGGAAUUUCUUGAUUCAGCGCAAACAAGGCAGCCGUUAUAAGUGCAGUGGAGCCCUCUCUUAAAAUGGUGCUACAUUCUCAAGACCUUUCCAUUAGUACUGGCACAAUUAAACAAUUCCCCUUUCGAGGACUGUGGUUAUUCAGUGUUCAAAAGAAGGCUGCUAAAUGUAAAUGUAGAACAGAUGUGCCCACAGGACUCUAGAAACAUGACUACUAUAUUACGUGAUCAACAUAUUCCAGGUAAUUGAGAGGAAUUUAUCCCAGAAAAAGUGCUUCCAUCCUCUCCCCUCAUAACGCUAGUCUAUCCUGUCUUUUAAGUGCUGUUACGUAGUACAUACUUUAUGUUAUGUUCUCAAACACUCAGAGCCAGCAUGGCCAUAGUGGUUUGGGUGUUGGACUAUGACUGGAGACCAGGGUUCGAUUCCCAGCUUGUCCAUGUAACCCACUGGGUGGCCUUGGGCAAGCCACACUCUCUCAGCCUCAGGGGAAGGCAAUGGCAAACCUCCUCUGAACAAAUCUUGCCAGGAAACCCUCAUGAUAGGUUUGCCUUAUGGGUACUGUAAGUCGGAAAUGACUUGAAGGCAUGCAAACACUCAAGCACUCAUAUAAUGCCAAGAGGUAGCAAGUGGUACCUUGCCAUUUUUUUUGCUUUGGUCCUUAUUUUCUUCCAACAUACAUGCUUACAAAUGAAGUCCUACAUGAAAUCUGUUGCUGAAAUUUGAAUUAAUUCUUCCUUAUCCUCUUUGAAAAUAUAUAUAUAUUGUUAUUAUGGUCAGAGGAAAGCUUUUGCUGGCCCUAGUUGUGUCAUAUUGGGAUAAGGUGCUGAAUAGUACUACAAUGUAAUGUAGCUGUAGAAAAUAUAUUGGCUGUUUGGAACAAUUUGAUAUUUACAACCAUUGGCUAAUAAGAUGGAAGUCAUAUGUCGUCUUUCUUUUUCUUUUGUUAAUUUGUACAUUGUUAGUUUGUGUAGUUUAUGGGAGUAGUUAUAAAUUUGUAGAUUGGAUGUAUUUUUUUAGUUUCACCUUAUAUAUGGUUUUAUAUUAUCAACUUUUAUGUAUUCAGCAGAAACGGUUAUGAUUUUGUAUUUUUUGUGUAAAAUAGAACUUUAGUCUUUUAAUAAAACCUUGCUACU